CUUCAUCUCGGCGGAGAACACAGACGAGUGCUGAGAUGUGUGUUGCUACUCACUGAGAUAAAUCGUGAUAAUUCUCAACAUGAAGACGUUCGCAGUCAUCCUCGCCUGCUCUCUCCUGGUGACUUGGUCAUCAGCCAUGGAGAGGAGGAGGCACAACAGCCCAAGCCGUUCCCAGCCGCAAGAGGCUCUGGGUGGAGGUAUCCGUGUGGUUGAGGGACCCAGUCUCAGGUCUCCAUACGCCGGAUCAUCAGGUGCAUCGGCUAGGUACCAAAAUUCUGGAGGUCGCUCGCAGUAUGACUCCCAUGUCGACCUGCCUCUUCGCGAGCAAUACGAAGAGGAGGACAUGCCAGAGCAGGACGCUUACGCGGUCGACGAAGGGUAUGAAACUGACACUCGGGCCGAAAAACCCCGUCAGCAGGAGGCGGAACCCUUCAUGGAUUUCUCUAAGGGUUUCCCCGAGGGCUUCGGGAAAUCGAUCCCCGAAUUCAAUUUCGAUGGGCCGAUGCCAGGAGAGAGACGGUUGCACCGCAGAAGACGAGAUGCGCCCGUCGUGGACAAAGUCCCAGUCGCUGAACCAAAACCUGAUCCUUUAGACGCUCCAAAAGGCGCGCUAUCCUUAAAGGGUGAAACUGGGAAAAGUCUAGCGGGGGGAUUCGCAAAUCGUGGUCCUCAUCCUUCCAAAUCUGGUCUCUCGGCUGCUCCAUUGGCAGCUGGAGCCCCUAAUCCACCUGCAGGAAGUAACAGGGACUCUCGAGGUCUCGCGGGAGAAGAGAAACGACGAAGGCGAAGGCCUGGGAAGAGAGGAGAUAAUAGCGCAAGUAAUCCAAGCCAAAGCAAUCCAAGCUGGUUGGGGCGAAUUUUCAGUCGAGGAGACAAAGAAGAAGCCGGGCAACCAAAACAAAGGACCAAGAAGCGAGGGUCUAACAGGCCACAAGGUUCUACCCGGCAACAAGGCAAUAAGCGGCAACAAAAUCAAGGUGGAAUUCAGGGCAUGAUGGUCCGCCUGUUCUCCCGAUUGCCAGAAAGGCUCCAGCCCAGUUUCUUUCGAGGACAAGAAUCCAGGCAACGAGGUCGAAGACCAGCAGGUCGUCCAUUUGGACCCGUCGGGCCUAGUGAAAACGAAGAAUUCGCCUUCGAUAUCGAUGAAGGGAGGCAAGGUGGAGGAGGUGGAUCACCAUUCAGAGAUGGACCACCAUUCAGGGAAGGACCACCAGAAGGCGACGAUUUCGGCUUCGACGGUCCCCCUCGGGAUGAGACCCGAGAGAGAGACCCCUUCGACGAUGACUUCGACUUCCGAGGAGAAGAAGGUGAGGGUGGAUCUGAAGCCCGACCUGGAAGAGAUCAAAAGGAUCUUCCGUACGACAUUACAACAGGGGCAGCUUUGACAGCAGGUGCAGGUUUCACCGGUGCUGGUACUGGUGGUGGAGGAGGAAGGGAUGGUGGAGAUAGACCAAUCGUCACCGAAGUCUACACCGUCACUCAUGAAGGUCCGACUACCCUGGGAACUGCCACCGGAGCAGGCGGUCUUUCAACAUCCGUCGGUCCCGAAGGAGGCUAUCAACAGGUUGUAAGCACAUCCUUGGGCCCUGAAAUCAACUACGACUACAACUACAAUGGCCUGACAGGCCCAGGAGCCGCUCCAGGAGCAAAAGACGACGGACGAUACGCAGAUUCCGCUCCACCACACAGAGAAGGGGGCCGAGGACCUCCGCAGGAAGGCGGAAGCCCCGAUUACGGUGGUGAAGGUCCCGAAGGCCCCGAUCCUGAUUAUGGCCGCGAUUCCGAAGACUAUCGUGAUCCUCCGGACUACGGCGGCGAAAGCUACAGGUCAGAGCCCUCAGAUGACUAUGACUUCGAUCCAUACAAGGGGAUAGAUGGAGGAGGCGAUGAUUAUCGAGACGACGAGCCGCCACAGCGACAGCCAAGCCGACCACAACCUGUUUCCUUCGGGACCCGAAAUGUACCAGAACGCUACAGAGGUGAACCAGAACCCUACAGAGAUGAACCAGAACCCUACAGAGAUGAGCCAGAACCCUACAGAGACGAGCCAGAACCCUACAGAGAUGAACCAGUAAACCGACCCAGCCCUUACAGAAACGCCUACAGUGAUUCUCGGCCAGAGAGGCCAUUCCAAGGGAACACUGAUUACAACGAAGGUUAUCGAAGUGACAAUCAGCCGCAGAACACACGUGGCUUGGAUCCGGCAUUUGAAAUCGCCUCAGAAUUCAAGAAGAUCUUUGCAGCUGCCAGCAACAUGAACGGAUUUCCAGAAGAUGGAUUCAUGACUCGUGGUAACAGAGGAACACGUAACCUUCAAUCAGAACAAGAGCCUGCUGAGCCAAGAGAAGCAGAAAAGACUCGAAGGAAGCGAUCAGCUUCUCCACAAAGAGGUCAAUAUUACGAUUAUGAGGAUGGUUACGACAGCAGCCGAGAGCCGGGAGAUUACGGAGAAACAGCUGUUUCAUACUCCGUAUCCACAGAUGAAUUGGGACCGAAUCAGCACAGUGAAAUUGCCGUUGGUUACUCCACAGCUGGCGAAGGAGGUGCAGGAGGCGGAGGAGGAGGAGCAGGUGGAGUGGAUGGUCGUUACAAUGACUUUGAUUCCGAAUAUGGCCGACAGCCAGAAGGCCAAGAAGAUGACUUUGGCGAAAUCGAGUACAGCUUCGGGGGGGCAGGAGGAGCAGGAGCAGGGAUAGGGGGAGGAGAAGCAGGAGGAAGAGCCCCAGAUUACGAGGAUGAAUACAAUCCCAGAUACUCUGGAGAACAACAAGAUCCCUUCUUCGACGAUGAACGCCGUCCAGGAGGUCAAAGGGGGUUUGAGGAGGAUUUCCGAGGUUCUUUUCCCGACUUCCGAGGCGGUCGAGGAGAAGGAGGUGGCCCAGGACCUGAAGCCGGGAAUGACGGAUUCGAUCGGCAGAGGAACGAGGACGAUAGCUUCAAUGACAAUGACCCAGAAUUCAAAAACCUUUUCACUGAAAACGAAGAAGGAGCAGGUGAAGGAGAAGGGAGGGAUGAGGCCAACGACUUCAACUUCAACAUAAGGGACUUCGAAGGAGACGAUGAAGAGGGAGGCGAAGGUGGAGGUAGGGGGGGUGGCUUCCCGAACCCAUUCAGAGGCGGUAGAGGAGGUGGAGGUGGUGGAGGAGGCAGACCUGGACAGGGGCAGACCCGAUCCAUCGUCCGACUCUUCAACGGUAUAUUUGGCCGAAGGACCUCCCCCAAGGGUCAAAUCAACGGUAGGGGUCGUAGCCAAGGAGGUCGAAGACGUGGAAGGAGGAGGCCGGCCCAAGGGAGACCCGAACCCAGAAGACCCAAACGAGAUACCAAAGCCACUGAAUUGAGGCAAGUGUAUCCUGACCCAGAAGAUGAGGAGGAGGAGAAGAAUGGUCGACCCGAAUACUCCCGAGCUCAUGGACAUCCACCUGUCUUUCAAUCCGAUUCUCAAGAUUCUCCCAGAAAUUCCCCGUUCUACUUUGAAUCUUUCUCCUUGCCGGAGUCUCAACAGCUGCCUACUCUGUACAGGAAUCAGGUCCCAGACAGAGACCCGAAUCUGAUCGCUGCUGACAGGCCCGUGGAUAACGAAUACCAGGAGGAAUCAGGUCCGUCUUAUUUCCCUGACUUGCCCAGGUUUGAACCGAAUGACUAUGUGCGUCAUCCUAUGCUUCAUGAUGAAGGCCGACACGAAGGAGAAGAUGAAGAAUUCGAAGUCCCGAUCCCGCAACAAUUCCGGGGGGGAUUCCGACAGGAUUCCAAAGAUGAGGAAUACGCAGACGAAGGGGAUAACGAUGGGGGCAGGGAUAGAGAUAGCGCUAAGCACCAGUUUGACCUCUCCGACGCCCGACACCAUCGCGAUGAUGACUUCGGACCCUUGUUGCGUUCACACAAAGAGGACAGACCCUUGAGUAGAACUUAUGACGAACUGGACUCCAGAGCCGGCGAGGGUUCUCAGGGAUUUUUUGGCGGCCCUCCUGAUGGAUUCCCGGAUUUCCGAACCAUCGGUGGAUUUGGAGCUUUCCCAGAUGGGAAUUCAAGGGAUGCAGGAGCAGGAGCCGGAGCAGGAGAGAAAUCUUACGACGACGGCUCAGAAAACGCAGACUUUGAGUCUCCAGCUUACGAUGACGAUUCCUACACAGGGACACCAUCCAGAUAUGACCCCUAUGGACCUCAGACGGAGGUGAAAGUUGAAGCCAGCUUGUCCGUGAGAGCGCCUUCACCCCAUGAAGCCCAGCGAGAGCAAGACGAGCCCGAGACGGAGACGCAACUGGAAAUGAAGCCACCCCUGAGAACAGAGAGAGGGAGAAAGAAGGAAAAACUCAGACGAGGUCAAGUGAUCGACGUCCCGCAGUUCAACCAUCGGAUGGGACGGGCCGCGACGCGGAAUCGACGCCGCCGGACCGGGAGACCCGAGGACGACCUCGACAAGGAUUUCCGCAUGUUCUUCGACGACGACAAAUUCUUCCGGGAAUUCGGUGAAGAAGACGAAGGUGGAAGGGGGGCAGCGGAGGGAGAGGGGCCAGAGGGACCGGAACCGGAAUCUCAAACCUACCGUCCGUUUUCAGUCCCUAGCCUCAGGAAUCGUCGUGGAAGGAGGAAGCUGAGGCCUCGUAUCCCUCCCCUUCCUCCGCCUCCACCCCCACUUCGUCCGAGGAGGCAAUUCUAUCAUGGACCCGUGGAAGACUUCUCCGAAGAGGAACUAAGUCUUUUUGGCUCCCACAACGAUAACCGGAUCCUGGGAUCUGGGAAUUUCGAGAUUCUCCAUGGAGGGACCUUCAAGGCAGAAGAAGAUUCCGUGGAACCCGGCUACCACAACGAGAAACUCUAUGACAGUACCUUCAGAAAACGACCCCCACCGAAGGGGGACUUCUUCUCUAACUUCCGCGAUUUCGCCGACAUUCAUUACAGAAGUUCCUUGUCGGAGCAGUCUGAGGUGAGGGCCAAAGCCCCAGUCACGGUCCCCGUCAAAGGACAAGCGAGUAAUAUCCAAGAGAAAUUGGUUCGGGCUGAAUCCAGAGCAGACGUCAGUGAUGUCAAUGUGAAGGAGACUGACUCGGACCCGAUGCUCGGUGUGUUCUGAAGAUUCGUCUCAUUUCCAGUUGCCAUUCCGAGCGAGAAGUCCGCCGAACUCUUAGCUGAGCGCAUGGGGUG